CUCUCACACCUUAUUAUACCGUUUGACCAUCGGUUAUAAGCUUAUACCAGUGGUCUCCCAAACCUUCCGCAUACUCUUCCAUCUACUCCGUCUGCUCCUUUUUCCGGCUGUCUGCGAAGGUUAGUCGGAUGCUUAAACGUGAUGUUUAGCACCGGUCAUCUGUGAAACCCGCCUAUGUUCCGACCAAAUCGAAAUGAGUAGCGACUGCAUCGCAAGCGUUGUUUGCAUGUACUAUUUUUAAUCAAUGGAUCCAAACCCGUUUUUUCAAACCCGGCCCAGUCAGAGACUUGGUGUUUGGGCGGGAAAUUUGGCUGGAAUUCCACAGCUGUUUGUAUAUAGUAAGAUUCUGAUGUGUAAUCUGGAAAAAAUAAUGCCUCCAUCGUUUUUCGAUACAAUGGAACAUCUUAUAAUACAUCUUCCGUAUGAGGUUUUGACUGCUGGGCCCGUCUUCUAUCGCUGGAUGUACAGAUUUGAAAGAUUUCUAGGAGAGCUGAAAAAGAAAGUGACCAACAAGGCACACGUUGAGGCUUCAAUUUGUCAAGCGUAUCUUCAACAAGAAAUCUCAACGUUCUCGUCUUUUUUCUUCGAGCGUGACGUCAUCACUGGAAGGAAGAGACCUGCCCGGAACGAUGACAUUGGCGAGGAUUUAUAUGAAAAUGUAGUUUCCAUCUUCAAUUACCCAGGCAGAGGUAAAGGUGCUGCGACACAACGAUACAUCCUGGGUGGGGAAUUGCAAAUUGCACAUACUUAUAUCCUCAUGAAUUGUCCAGAAAUCUCACCGUUUUAUCAUGAAUUCCGAGCUUCUUUAUCAGCCUUUCCUGAGAAUGAAAUUGAUGCAUUGGUGGACUCUGAUUUUGUAAAUUGGUACAAGUAUCAGAUCAAUAGUCGUGGGAUUGUCGACCCUUUGUUAGUAUCAUUAGCGUGGGGCCCAGGUGUCAGUGCCAAAGUGUGGCGGCAAUAUGUGAUAAACGGUUACACAUAUCACACAGCCGAUUACGGACAGGGCCGACCAACAACGAACAACGGGUUAUGUGUCCCGACCAUCGGUUAUGAUAACUCGGAAACCAAUUUUUUUGGUGUCCUGCAGGAGAUUCUGGAACUUGAGAUGCCUUCUGGUGCGCAAAAAUUGACAUGCGUUCUGUUCCGCUGCACAUGGGUCGAUCCCACAUGUGGCGUGCACAAAAAUCCGAAGUAUAAUAUGAUUGACGUCAACCACUCUCGUGUGUACCCGAAAAAUGAGCCUUUCAUACUCGCCCAACAAGCAGCGUAGAUUUAUUAUGCAGAAUAUCCUUCAACAAGGCGGACACAGAAUCCUUGGGUGUGUGCAUGUCCUGUCCGUUCGAACAAAAUUAAAUCACAAACUCAACACAAGGACGUUGAUCUAGAUGCUUUUCAGCAACAAUUUUUCCAACCUCCGCCUAUUGUUGAGACGGUCAACUAUAACGUCCAAUUAAGUGAUCCAAAUGGCGGACGUGUUGAAGUCAUGCCAGAAACGCACCUUCCGGACCUAACCAUUCCAUCUGAGCGCGAAAUUGAAGAAAUGUAUGUAGCACAACAAAACGCUCAAUAUCAUGAAGAAGGUGAAUGGAUAGACGGUGCAGAUACAGAAGAAGAUACUGUAUAUGUAGAAAAUGACGAUUCUGAUAGCGAAUAAUUGUGUUGUAAUUUCAAUUUUAUUGACUUCUAAUAUUUGUGCUCUUUUCUUCGUCAUUAUAUUACUCCAACAAUAUU